AUGAAGCUCUCCGUCCUUCUUUUCAUUUUCGCAUUCUUGGCUUUGUCGAUGGCUCAUUAUGCCAAAUAUCCCCAAGAGCUGAAAGCCAAAUAUCCCAAGUAUCCCGAACAACCCCAAGAUCUGAAAGCCAACUAUCCCAAGUAUCCCGGAGAGCCCCAAAUUCUGAAAGCCAACUAUCCCAAGGGUUAUCCCGAAGGUCAAAAAUGUGCAUAUGGCAUGCGCUACGACUAUAUAUGCGGUGACCGGUCUUGUUCUUGGGAGUGCGUCUACUACCAA